AUGGAUGCUUUGGAGAACGAUAUGAGCACCUUCGAGAGAAAUUCUCGGAGUGGGGUAUGGACUCGUCCUCAAGUCAUGAGGCGCAUCCAGAAGGGUCUUCGAGAAUCAGCUGGCAACAUGCGAUCCUUUCCACACCGUAGACGGAAGUUUGAGGCUUACGACGUGGACAAUGUUAUCAAAGUACUAAACCUGCCAUCACACGAACAUCUGGUGUUAUUCUGUGCCAUCGCAGACAAUGAUUACUCAAGGAACCUCGAGACGUUGGACCCGAUUAAUAAUCUUCGAUUAGUUCGAGAGGUUGCGUGGAACAAGAACUACAAUAAAAUGCUUCAAGAUUACCUUAGGGAAGCUAAUAAGAUGUUGGGAAGGAAUGCAGCCUCUGAAGAAGGCCGUUUCAGAGUAGCUCUCCGUAUUUUUACUUCCGGCCAUCAAACGUCGGCCCAAGCGUUACCAUCGAACAAUGAGUUCGAUAACUUCAAGCAGCGUCUACUCAAUGGAAAGGAUCUUCGCAAUAGAAUGGCUCAGCAAAGGCGAGCGCAGCGCCGCAGAACAGGCGCACCAUCAUUCUAUAUAGCGGAAGGGUCACAUAGAAACCAGUUCCGGCCCAUCUUUUCUGACAAGCCGAGCAUAUUGAAUGGGCGCACAGUUGAUAUCAGUAACUGCCGUCAGCACGAUAGGCGAGGCCUUAAGCAUCCACCACGUCGGAGAAAGGCAAAAAAGAAGCAACAGAAAAAACAAAAGCGGAAGCACAAAGGCAAGAAGCCCCACAGGGCUAAAAAAGAAGGUGCACCAAUUAGGAACUUGAAGGAUGCUACGAAGGUUGAUCACAGCUACAGUAGUAAGCACCCUAUCAAGGCCUUAACAAUUGGGUCCCUCAAGGCUUCCAUGGCAAGGAAAGGCGGACUGGACGCAGAUGAAAGGGAUAAUAUUGCAAGCCAGAUCCGAGGGGCAGUUGUUGUCCUCAACCGACUACGCCGCUAUGCAUACUGGGCGAUUGCCUUGGACAUUGAGAGGAUCAUGCGGUUACUAGGGGCAGCAAGGUCGAGGAAAAAGGCACUGGACGAGGUCUUGGAUAGCACUGGCUAUUCCUUCCGUCUUGCCACCCUUCUUUUAAGUGGUCAAGGUGGCCCCAAUUCAGCUUACAGCAUCAGAGCUACUAAUGGGCCAAGUACAGACAUCAUUAAAGCAGCACUACAGGAGCGCAAUGUUGACAUCCUCUGGGUGAACGAAGAUACCAAGCGGCUGCUGGAGCGUAUUCUGCCUCUCAACAAUCCUUCCAAGACUGCAAUGCUUGAGUGUAUACAGGGAACAAAAGGGGUUUUGAUACAGGCUCUCUUUUGUGACAUUGGAGGUGAUCGCAUGGUUCAUGGAUAUCGAGACAAAGUAUCCCUACAGUCACAGGACAAAGAUAUAACUCGGUUCAAACUCAAAGGAACGAUUCCUACCAACAGUCUUGUUCUGAAUCUACAGCUUUCUCAAGGAUUCCUCAACACGACGUGUUCAAAGGCAGCCGAUGAAGACCUGACAGAUGAAGACUACGCAAACAUAAACUGGAAGAGGAGCUCCAAACUGCUUGAAAAUGUUGAGCUCACAUUCAACGAGCCAGAGCGAUGCCCAUCCGCAAACACCACAACUAUCGUCGGAUGCGAUCCUGGUAUUGUUAACGUCCUUACGUUUUCCUCCCUGGAUCCUCACAACCCUAACUUGCGGCAAACGGUAAAGGUGAGAAGCAGGUUCUUGUACCUCCCCGUCCUCCGUUUCAAUCACCUGUUGAACAAAAGGAAGCGUGAAAAAGGAAUGAUUGAGGUUGAGAGCGCCAUCCCUGUGUUUGGAAGGGAUACGUACAAUGAGUACUUUUAA